AUGAAGGUGCUGAGUGAAAUUUGUGUGCUAGAGACAGUCGAGGCGGACAAGCUGGAAGAAUUUGUAGGAUCGAUCAUUCUCGAGGACUUGAUUGCUUUUUAUGAUGAGGAAUUCCCUCUUGAGGGCAGAGGGCAUAAUAAAGCACUCUACAUAUCUGUCAAGCACAAGUCUUUUCAUGUGUCCCGAGUGCUCAUUGAUAAUGGGUUCGCCCUAAACAUAUGUCCAUUGGCCACUCUUCACCGCCUCAAGAGAUACAUGUUGCGAAGACGUCGACCUUGGAUACACAUUGCUGGAGCGGUGCCUUCAAGUUUUCAUCAAGAUGUGAAGUUCGUGAUCAAAAGGAAGCCGAUCACUGUGUAUGGCAAGGAAGACCAUUGGAUUUAUCAGGAGACAGCAAUCCCUUAUGUGGAGCCAGACUUUGAGUUCGAAUCGAGUUACCACUCAUUUGAGUUGGUGUCCACCAUUCAUGCUUCUCGAGACUCAUCACCACCCACUCCUGAAGUUUCAAAUGCUGCACUUAUGGUGGGAAGUGUAAUGGUUGGGAAUGGUUUUAUUCCUGGUAGUGGUCUUGGAAGAAAUGGUCAGGGUAUUCGAAACCCUAUUGAAGCCCCUCAGAGGUCUCGUUCUGCUGGAUUAGGGUACUGUGGAAGAGAUGAGGCAGAAGUGAUAGAUACCAUGGGGCAGCCAAGCGGCAAAUUCGACUAUCUGGUAAAGUAUUCGGCUUCUCCUAGAUUUUAUAUUGAUCCACGUGACAUAGUCCUAGAUGGAGGGGAUGGUAUGGAUGAUCUGACAUCCCCGAAGGCAGAGAACCCUGAUGAUGCAUCGGAAGGAAUCACAAGAAUAGUCUUACGGCAUACAAAGUGUAGCUGGGAAGUACAUGAAAAAGCCAAGGCUCUUACAUCCGAGCAGACCGUCACUAUUAAUUUAAGUGACACUGAAGAAGCUAAGGAGGUGAAAAUUGGGGCGAAUCUCCCUAAAGACAAGGCCGAGCGCCUAAUUCAGUUACUGAAUGAAUAUCAAGACAUCUUUGCAUGGACCUACGCUGACAUGCCUAGGUUAGACCCAUCAAUAAUGGAGCAUUGUUUGCCUACUAAUACAGACGUGCCACCUAAGAAGCAGAGGUUGCGGAGAACUAAAGCCGAGCUCUCGAAGAAAAUCGAGGAGGAAGUGAUGAAGCUUUUGAAGGUGGGAUUCAUUGAAGUCUCACAAUACCCUGAAUGGGUGGCUAAUAUUGUACCGGUGAUGAAGAAGGACGGUCGAGUUCGAGUUUGUGUUGAUUAUCGAGAUUUGAACAAAGCCAGUUCAAAGGAUGAUUUCUCGCUACCUCACAUAGAUGUCCUAGUGGAUAGUACUGCUGGUUUUGAACUGUUCUCAUUUAUGGAUGGGGCAACCUAUCGGUGGGCCAUGGUAGCAUUAUUUCAUGACAUGAUGCACCAGGAGAUUGAGGUCUAUGUUGAUGAUAUGAUUGCGAAGACUCGGCUUGGAAGAAGUCGCGUCGAAACUCUGAAGAAGUUGUUUGAUCGACUCCGUGAGUUUAAGCUGCGACUAAAUCCCGCUAAAUGUGUGUUCGGAGCAACAUCCGGUAAAUUACUCGGAUUCAUUGUAAGCAAUAAGGGGAUUGAGAUCGACCCAUCCAAGGCUAAGGUCAUAUCAUUCGACAAGCUGAAGCAGUACUUGAUGAAUCCACUAAUUCUUGUCCCGCAAUUGCCGGGGCAUCCUUUGAUUCUCUACCUCACCAUUCAUAGUGAAUCAUUGGGUGCAAUGUUGGCUCAGGAAAGUUCUGUCGAUAGAAGAGAACGAGCCAUUUAUUACCUAAGCAAAAAGUUCAUUGUAUCAGAACUGAAAUAUUCUGAUACUGAAAAGACCUGGGCUGCACUAGUGUGGGUACUGUAUAGGUUGCGACAGUACACGUUGCAUUAUCAGAUGUUUCUCGUGACUGAGAAUAAUCCUAUCAAGUACUUACUUGAUCGGCCAGCUUUGGUGGGAUUCUCAAAUAAUGAUUACAGUUUCCUAGAUGACCGUGUCUUGAAUGUAAGUGAAGAUUCAUGGACAAUGUUCUUUGAUGGAGCCGUGAACUUGUCUGGUUCUGCUUGCAUCCUCGGACUUCAAGCCGCAAUCGAGAUUGGUGUGGCCAAGUUAAAAGUGUUCGAAGAUUCAACGUUGAUCAUACUACAGACCGUAGGUGAAUGGAAGACUAAAGAUGCCAAAUUGCUUAUGUAUCAUGAGUACUUAGAAGAUCUGGUAAAGGAGUUCGACAAAAUUUUGUUUGAAUACUUACCAAGGUCUCAUAACCAAUUUGUGGAUGCACUCGCGACUUUGUCUUCUAUGCUGCAAGUUACUGAUGGGUUGGAGGUCAAGCCUCUGAAAAUAGAGGUUUUGCCGAAGUUGGCCUAUUGUAUGAUUGUGAUUGAAGAACCUGAUGGGAAACCAUGGUAUUACGAUAUCAUGAAUUACAUUCAAAAACAGGAAUUUCCCGAAGGAAGCCCUCCGACUGAUAGGAAGUACAUCACAAAGAUGGUCUCGAAAUUCUUAGUCAGUGGUGAAAAUUUGUACAAGAGAUCUUACGAUUCGGUCUUGUUGCAGUGUGUAGAUGCAGCCGAAGCCACUCAAAUCAUGCAAGAAGCUUCAAAUGGGCAUCGGUUCAUCUUGGUGGCGAUAGACUAUUUCUCUAAAUGGAUCGAAGCUACAUCCUUUACAAGUGUUGCUGCUCGCAAUGUUGCGAAGUUCGUCAAAUGUGACAUAAUUGCUCACUAUGGCAUCCCUGAAGAAAUCAUCACCGACAACGGGACAAAUUUGAACAACAAACUUGUUGAUGGGUUGUUCAGCGAGUUCAAGAUCAAGCAUUUGAAUUCGUUACCCUUUGCACUGAUGGCAUAUCGGACAUCGAUCCGCACUUUUAUUGGGGCAACCCAUUUUGCUCUGGUGUACGGCAUGGAGGCAGUUCUACCUGUGGAAGUGGAGAUUCCUUCUCUGAGAGUUUUAUCCCAAGUGGAGUUGUCUGAGGCGGAAUGGAGACAUAUUCCCAAGGAACAUAAAUGUUACCAGGGCCACCCCCGAUUGCGCCAAGCGUGCCUGCACCAUCCACCGUGCCGGCACCACCUCUGCCAGUCACCUCCGCGCCUCCGCUGUUGUCGCUCCGCCACCGUCGCUCUGCCGGCGUCCCGCCAGUCGUCGGAGAUCCCCCUCACCCGUGAACCUGCGAUGUUGCUGCUGCUCACGUUCCUAGAAGCCGUGAAGUCGCCGACCACCACCGCGUCCUACCUCCGCCUCUGCUGUAGCCGAUUUGCAGCGCCAGAAGCACCGCCGAGUCUUGCCUCCGCCUCUGCUGUCACCAAUCUCUGGAGUGUCGAAGAAGGAGGAGUCGAGACAGAAGAUGAAGAACCUGAGGAGGAGCUUGAAGAGGAAGACCCUGAAGAAGAACCUGAGUUGGAGUUAGGAGAGGACCCCAAGAAUGAUCCGGAGUAUGACCUGGAUGAGGAUUGA